UUGACAAAGAAAAUGGCAGACCUUGCCUCGUUUGUUGUGAUUUUGUUUGUUUGUCUUAAUUUCUAUUCACUAUGUUUGACACAGGAUGUGCCAAGCAAACAAGAAAUACUGCCAACUGUAGUAAUCGAGAAAUUAUUUGAAAAAAUGGACACAAUGCAAAAGAGAAUUGAACAACUUGAAAAUAAUGAAAAAGCUAUGAAACAGUCAAUCAUAAAUCUUAUUGGGACAGAUGCUCAAUUGAGAAUCAAAAUUCAAGAUCUUGUUUGUAAAGUUGAUGAUUCCAAGAACAAAGACGAUAUCAACGAUUCAGUCGUCAAAACUUCAGACAUUGGUGAAGACGCCAUUACAAAGAGAAGCAGAACCAAGCGGCAGUUUUCGGGUACUGUUGCAUUCACUGCCUACCUGGACCACUUGGUUAAAGUAGGAAAUGACCAGCCAGUUGUCUACAACCGGAUCAUUCUGAAUGAGGGGAAUGGCUACAGUAACAAUACAGGUACAUUUCGUGCACCUGUGACUGGGAUCUACAUGUUCUCCUGGGCGGUGACAGCACGCAGACUUUCUGGGCAGCACGCUUACGACGUCUGGGUGAAGCUUAUGCUGAACGGAUCCCACAUGACGGGAACAGUGGCGGAGAGCAGGCAAGAAGCUGACGACAACCAGGGGAGUAACACGGCUGUACUCCGAUUGAUAAAGGGGGACGAGGUGUGGACUGCCCAUUAUAGCUCAGCCCCGGACAUUUACGGGGACGAUAACGAGAGGAGCACGUCCUUUACUGGGGCUUUGCUGUUUCAAGAGGAGGAAGACAUCGACCCCAUUGGAAAAUAGAAACGUUGAACAUUUGACCAUUACUUUUAAUACUACCGGAGAUAAGCCAUUAAUUACCAAAAGCGCCAAUAAGCACAUUAAAUAAAAAGGCUAAUAAUCCCUAAUCCAUAUUAGCAAUCAAUGUACGAUUAAGUAAUUACAUGGCCCCAAACAUUGUAUAAUAAAUAGUAAUAACAGAUGCCAUGAAAAUAUUGUUGAUUUGACCGGGAUUUUAUAAUAUGGCGGUCGAAAUGUGAUGUUUUCUGAUUGCAAGAAAUAAAGAAAAUUGAUAUCUU